GGACAGAGCAGAUGAACUUUGCGGCGGACUUGUUUUGGAGUUGGACGGAACACUUUUCUGUGAGUUGAUGGCAGCCGAGAGAAAGAGAAAGAAAAGAAGAAGAAGAAGAGAGAGAGUGGGAGGUUCUGCUGUGCACCGGGUUGGGUCUCUUCUGGGGGAGGAGGAGGAAGCUACAAGCAGAAAACGCAACAGCAGCCGCACGACAGGACCAAAAGAAGCGACGACCCACACAGGCCAAGAAGAAGGAAAAAGGGCAGGCGAGAGUGAGAGGGAUCUAUAGUACCGUAGUGGCAGCAUAGCACGCGGAACCGUCCAUAUACACACCACCAGCAGCAGCAGCCAGCGGUGUAGUAUAAGACUGGGUAUAUAUUUAAAUAGGCGCGGGAGUCUAGCCAGCCACGGCAUUUGUGUUUGUUGCUCGGUUGCCGCCGCGUGUUAUCCCCCCCAUCUCGUCAGUCGGUUGGCCAGCGCGCAUCCCAUAACCUAACCCGUUUUUCCACGUGCGCGUUCCCACCGUCUAGUGAUCUAGAUUUUGAUCCAGCAACGCUCAAUUUCUGACCGCCAUGUCGCUCGGUGCUGUCGAUGGUAAUUGCUCGUCGUCAACGUGAAACUCAAAGGCCCGUCACGUCCGCAAAAAUUUUCUCUUUUUUCUUUUCUUCUUCCCCCACUUCAUUCCAUUUGGCUGGCUGGCCGGCCCCGACCUGGCCCGGCAGCUCUCACUCCGUGCGUGAAUUUAUUCCCGAAAGACGACGAUCCGCCACGCCAACAACAAAUUUGUACAGAAAAAAUAAAAAUAAAAAAUCAGCGACCAGGGGACGUGUUCCUUGUUGUUGUUGAGCUCACAAGCGUCAUCUUCGUAUUACACACACACACAUACAGCCAGCGGGAGAAUUAUGAAGAAUCAUCACGUCACCGGCAGCCUCUUUGUCACGCUACUUGCCAUGGUGUGGGAUGGCGUUGGAGCGGGACAACUCACGCCGUUCGACUGGAUGGAAACGGGCGGAGACAGCGGAAUCAGCAGCGUCGGCGACAGUUUCUACGAAGGCCGUCUGCCCGUUCACUCCAACGACGCCUCCUUCACCACGUUCACCAUGGACGCAGAAACGGGCGCCUACACUUUCGGUUACGACACCGGAGGUGGCGAGCAUCAGUCAUACCGCGUGGAAACGCGCUCACCUGACGGAACUGUUACAGGUCGCUACGGCUACGUGGAUCCGCAGGGAGUCUUGCGCAUCGUCGAUUACGUGGCCGACCGUCGCGGAUAUCGGCCGAAAAUAACGACGAGAUAUCCGGUUUCGCGGACGACGUCCUUCAUCGGCCCCAUCCCGUCGCCGAUCCUUCAAGAGGAAUCGCGUUUGAAAACGCGCAAGAUCCCGUUCGCCACCCCGCUGGUCACCGCUUCAUUAUUCACGAACCAGAUCGUCAGCAUUGGCGACGUCGAUCUCGCCAGCAUCAGCAGCAGCAUCAGCGGCAGCAGGGCGGACACCUUGCCGCCUUUCCCUUUAUUUGGCCUCUGAUGAAUUCCAGUUAAUCGCAUCAGAAAAUUCAAUUUAAAAAAGAGGAAAAAAAUUCCAACCAAUUUCGGAACGCAGUGAUGAUGAAAAAUGACAAAGUAACGUCAUGCUUAUGUGUCUGUGCUCAGUAAGAAA